AUGGAGCGCAAAAAGUACCCCGGAGAGGUCGACAUGACUCCGCGAUCGUACGGCACGGUGCUUGUCGUUGGAGGCUGUGGCUUUGUCGGGUCACGGCUGGUAGACCAGCUGCUCAACUUUCCCUCCGAGGACGCUGGGACGGCUGUGACCAAGGGCCACGCCCAGCAGACGCCUUCUUCUCUAUCAGCGGCGGCAAAAGCACCUCCUUAUCCUCCACUCGCACCUCCCUCCGCUCCCAUCCCGACACCCAACCCCGAAAAAUACCAGUCGACGACCCUCCUCCCCGCGUCCUUCCCGUCCCUUCGCUCUCGCUACCCGCCCACCAACCUCUCCAAGACGCAGGUCCACGUGCUCGAUCUAAGAUGUACCCAACAUGUCUUCCCCGGCGCGACAUACCAUUCGGCAGACAUCACAAACCCGGCGGCUAUCCUUGACGUCUUCAGAAAGGUCAGGCCCGACGUAGUCAUCAACACGGCUUCCCCGUCGUGGGAGGCACCUUCAGACAUCCUGCGGAAGGUGAACAUUGAAGGGACGCGCAUUUUGGUCGAAGUGGCAGGCGGGAAGAAGCACGGCGACUGGGGUGGCCACGUCAAGACCUUCAUCCACACAUCUAGCGCCAGUGUCGUCCACGAUGGCGACUCGGACCUCAUCAACGCAAAUGAGUUGUACCCUUAUGUCUGCCCCAACCCCCGAGAAUACUACUCCGAGACCAAAGUCUUCGCCGAGAAGCUCGUGCUCGAGGCGAACGCGAACGAGGAAUACUCGGACGGUGGGAGAAUGCUGACCUGCGCGGUCCGGCCUGCCGGGGUCGUGGGCGAGGGUGACCGCGGCGGCUUCUCCGGCGGCAUUCUGAGAACAGCCAGCGUGGCGCCUUCGUGGCAACUGCACAUCCAGCUCGGCGACAACGCCAAUCUCUUCGACAACACGUACGUUCACAACGUGUGCUUCGGCCUCUUGUGCGCGACAUCCGCCCUCCUCGAAACGUACGAACGCCGACAAAAAGGCAUGGGUGGCGUGCUGGACUUUGAGAAAGUCGACGGCGAGGCCUUCAACGUGACGAACAACUCGCCCGCCUAUUUCUGGGACUCGUCCCACUACCUGUACUCGCGCUACGGGCGGGACCUGGACCGUUCGCGCAUGACCGUGCUCCCCACGUGGUUUGCGUAUUAUAUCGGCGCCGCGGCCGAGGUGUUCAACUGGAUGACGGGGCGCAAGGGCAAGUUUAACCGGCAGACCUUGAAGUACGCGACCAUCAAUCGGUACUAUAAUUGUGAGAAAUUGAUGGAGAGGACCGGGUAUGUGCCCAUCGUGCCGCUGGACGAGGGGUUCGCGCGCAGUGUCAAGUGGUUCAAGGAGGACGAGGAACGGCAGAUGAGAGAAAAGGGCGGGUGGGAGAAGGAGAGGUAG